AAAAAAUGACCUAAACAGAGACAGAAAGAAAGAGCAGAGCAACAACCUAAAGAGAGGACGCACAGGAUAUUUGUACUUCAUUUUAAAGCACCUACUCUUCUCCAUUCUCCUUUUCAAGGAGGGCAUUUUUCUUCCCUUUCCCCCCCUUUCCUUUUCUACCCCGAUUUUUUCCUCUGAGAUCCCGGUUUUGUCAAUUCCAAGCCUCCUGAACUUCUCUGGGAUUUCAGGUGAGGCGCGCGUGUGUAGUGUGUGGUGCUUCUUCAUUUCUAUUUUUUACAACCUAUCAUGGCUCACGCGGCCUCCCAACUGAAGAAGAAUCGGGGGGAAGUGGAUGUGAAUGCAAUAGAGGACGAGAAGGAGAAGCGGAGGAAGAGCAGGAGAGCAACGUCCCGGGAACAAAAGAGAAAGUCUGAUAGCAAUGCAAGUUAUCUGCGAGCAGCCCGGGCCGGAAAUCUAGAAAAAGUCCUUGACUACCUCAAGACUGGGGUUGAGAUAAACAUUUGCAAUCAGAAUGGUCUGAACGCUCUUCAUCUGGCCUCCAAAGAGGGGCAUGUGGAGGUUGUUGCUGAGCUGCUAAAGCUGGGAGCCAGUGUCGAUGCAGCAACAAAGAAAGGAAACACUGCUCUGCACAUAUCCUCGCUGGCUGGCCAAGCAGAAGUCGUCACGGAGCUGGUCACUAAUGGAGCCAACGUCAACGCACAAUCUCAGAAUGGCUUCACUCCUCUGUACAUGGCAGCCCAGGAGAACCACCUGGAGGUGGUGCGAUUUCUUUUGGAGAACGGUGCGAGCCAAAGUAUCGCCACUGAGGACGGCUUCACCCCUUUGGCGGUGGCCCUCCAGCAGGGCCAUGACCAGGUGGUCUCCCUGCUACUGGAGAACGAUACAAAGGGCAAGGUACGCCUUCCUGCCCUACACAUCGCUGCACGCAAGGACGACACCAAGGCCGCGGCCCUGCUCCUGCAGAACGACCACAACGCAGACGUCGAGUCGAAGAUGAUGGUGAAUAGAACAACAGAGAGUGGGUUCACUCCUCUCCACAUCGCGGCUCACUAUGGCAACAUCAACGUGGCGACGCUGUUGCUGAACAGAGCGGCUGCAGUGGACUUCAUGGCUCGGAAUGACAUCACGCCGCUUCACGUUGCAGCGAAAAGGGGGAACAGUAACAUGGUCAAGCUGCUACUGGACAGAGGGGCCAAAAUUGAAGCCAAAACGAAGGAUGGUCUGACUCCUCUUCACUGUGGGGCUCGGAGUGGUCAAGAACAGGUGGUAGAAAUCCUUCUGGAUCGAGGAGCUCCAAUCCUGUCCAAGACCAAGAACGGCCUGUCGCCGCUCCACAUGGCCACCCAGGGGGACCACCUGAACUGCGUGCAGCUCCUGCUCCAGCAUGACGUGCCCGUGGACGACGUCACCAACGACUACCUGACGGCGCUGCAUGUGGCGGCACACUGCGGCCACUACAAGGUGGCCAAGCUGAUCGUGGACAAGAAGGCCAACCCCAACGCAAAAGCUCUGAAUGGUUUCACUCCGCUUCAUAUUGCCUGUAAGAAGAACAGAGUCCGAGUGAUGGAGCUGCUGCUCAAACAUGGUGCAUCCCUCCAGGCGGUGACUGAGUCUGGCCUGACACCAAUUCACGUGGCAGCUUUUAUGGGCCACGAAAACAUUGUUAAUGCACUGAUACACCACGGAGCAUCACCCAAUACCACCAAUGUUCGAGGGGAGACGGCUCUCCACAUGGCUGCCAGGGCCGGCCAGGCAGACGUGGUCCGAUACCUGCUGAAGAACGGAGCCAAGGUGGACACCAAGUCUAAGGACGACCAGACAGCGUUGCACAUCUCCAGUCGGCUGGGAAAAAUUGACAUUGUCCAACAGCUGCUGCACUGCGGCGCCUCAGCCAACGCCGCCACCACAUCUGGCUACACCCCGCUGCAUCUGGCCGCCCGCGAGGGGCACCAAGAUGUGGCUACCAUGCUGUUGGAGAACGGAGCAUCACUCUCAUCUUCCACCAAGAAAGGGUUUACUCCACUGCACGUGGCUGCAAAGUAUGGCAAGAUGGAGGUGGCCAGUUUGCUCCUGCAGAAGGGAGCUCCAGCAGAUCCUGCUGGAAAGAGUGGGCUAACUCCACUGCAUGUAGCCGCUCACUACGAUAACCAGAGAGUGGCACUCCUCCUGCUGGAUCAGGGAGCUUCUCCACAUGCUGCCGCCAAGAAUGGCUACACACCUCUGCACAUUGCUGCCAAGAAGAACCAAAUGGAGAUCGGUACGACGCUGCUGGAAUAUGGUGCCGACGCCAAUGCGGUGACGCGGCAAGGCAUCAGCCCCAUUCACUUGGCAGCACAGGAGGGCAGCGUGGACCUGGUGUCCCUGCUGUUGGCCAAGAAUGCUAACGUCACUGUGUGCAAUAAGACCGGACUUACACCACUGCACUUGGCAGCUCAGGAAGACAGGGUCAAUGUGGCAGAAGUCCUUCUCAACCACGGGGCUGAUGUCAACCUGCAAACAAAAAUGGGUUACACUCCACUACAUGUGGCUUGUCACUAUGGCAACUCAAAGAUGGCAAACUUCCUGUUGGAGAACGGUGCCAAAGUCAACAGCAAAACAAAGAAUGGUUACACUCCUCUUCACCAAGCAGCUCAGCAGGGGCACAGUCACAUCGUCAACCUGCUACUACAAUACGGAGCCUCGCCCAAUGAACUCACUGUAAUUGGGAGCACUGCCCAGUCCAUUGCACGACGCCUCGGGUACAUCUCUGUGGUGGACAUACUGAAGCCCCUGACAGAUGAAAGCGGGAUGACCUCACGUCCAUCAGAAAAAUACAAGAUCAACGUCCCAGAAACCAUGAACGAGUUCCUCGACAUGUCAGACGAUGAAGCAUCCUCCAGUUUCACUGGAGGAUGCUGUGAUUUCCUCCCAUCAGGUGAGGAUGCAAUGACCGGUGACACGGACAAAUACCUGCGUCCCCAGGACCUGAAAGAGCUGGGGGAUGAUUCCCUCCCCCAUGAGGGCUACAUGGGUUUCAGCAUAGGGGCCCGCUCAGCCAGCCCUAGAAUCAGCCUCCGCUCCUUCAGCUCGGAUAGGUCCAACACGCUCAACCGGAGCUCCUACGCUCGAGACAGUAUGAUGAUCGAGGAGAUUCUGGCCCCCACGAAGGACACGCUCCAGAGCGUCUGUAAAGACAUUUCCUAUCUGGUAGACCCACUCAACAAGCACCUUGCUGUCACCAGAGACUACAGCUCUGAGUGUAUGCGGCGAUACAGCUGGACUCCAGACACGAUGGACCAUAGUCAUAACACAGUGUCCAGCCCCAUUCACUCCGGCUCCAACUCCCCGCUCCCUCAGUAUGACUCCAGGUUCCUGGUCAGCUUCAUGGUGGACGCCCGCGGCGGUUCCAUGAGAGGCAGCCGCCACAACGGCAUGCGCAUCAUCAUUCCCCCCAGGAAGUGCACGGCGCCCACACGGAUCACCUGCCGCUUGGCUAAAAGGCACAAGCUGGCCUACCCCCCGCCCAUGGUGGAAGGGGAGGGGCUGGUCAGCCGGCUGGUGGAGGUGGGGCCCGCUGGUGCACAGUUCCUCGGUCCGGUGAUCGUGGAGAUUCCUCAUUUUGGUUCCAUGCGAGGAAAAGAGAGGGAGUUAAUUGUGUUGAGGAGUGACAAUGGAGACACAUGGAAGGAGCACCAGUCUGAUCCCAGACCGGAAGACCUCACAGAGCUGCUCGCUGGCAUGGAUGAAGAGCUGGACAGUCCCGCCGAGCUGGAAAAGAAGCGCAUUUGCCGCAUCGUGACCAGAGAUUUCCCUCAGUAUUUUGCUGUGGUGUCGAGAAUCAAGCAGGAGUCGAACCACAUGGGUCCCGACGGAGGCGUGCUGUCCUGCAGCACCGUGCCCAUGGUCCAGGCCUCCUUCCCACAGGGGGCUCUGACUAAGAGGAUCCGCGUCGGCUUGCAGGCUCAGCCUGUGCCAGACGACCUGGUCAGGGCGGUCCUGGGAAACAGAGCCACCUUCAGCCCCAUCGUCACCGUCGAGCCCAGGAGGAGAAAGUUCCACAAGCCCAUCACCAUGACGAUCCCCGUUCCGCCUCGAUCGGCGGAGGGCCAUCCCAGCGGCCACCGGGGCGACGCCGCCCCCUGCCUCCGUCUGCUCUGCAGCAUCACAGGAGGGACGUCUCCUGCGCAGUGGGAGGACAUCACAGGAACCACGCCGCUGUCCUUUGUCACGGACUGUGUCUCCUUCACCACAAAUGUGUCGGCCAGGUUCUGGCUCGCAGACUGUCACCAGAUUCCUGAGACGGUGAGUCUAGCGUCUCAGUUAUACCGGGAGCUGAUCUGCGUGCCAUACCUGGCCAAGUUUGUGGUGUUCGCCAAGAUGAACGACGCCGUCGAGGCACGGCUGCGCUGCUUCUGCAUGACGGAUGAUAAGGUGGACAAAACUCUGGAGCAGCAGGAGAACUUUGAGGAAGUGGCUCGAAGCAAAGACAUUGAGGUUCUGGAGGGGAAGCCUAUCUUUGUGGAUUGUUAUGGCAACCUGUCACCUCUCAUCAAAAGUGGACAGCAGCUGGUUUUUAACUUUUACUCAUUCAAGGAAAACAGACUUCCCUUCAACGUAAAGGUUAGAGAUGUGGGCCAGGAGCCGUGUGGCCGCCUUUCCUUCCUGAGCGAGCCCAAAACCUCUAAAGGCCUUCCACAGACUGCCAUAUGCAAUUUGAAUAUCACACUGCCAACCCACAAGAAGGAUAUGGAGUCUGAUCCUGAUGAUGAGACUGAAAAGCCAGAACGACGUCAUACCUUUGCCUCCUUAGCUUUACGUAAGCGCUACAGCUAUUUGACCGACCCAGCAGCGAAAACUACUGAUCGAAGCUCGCCGAGAACACAGCCUUCUAGCUACCCUCACAAACCUGUCUUUUCAACGAGAUCUUAUCAGGCGUGGUCGCCUGUUCCUGUCGCCAUCCCUGGCCAAACCAAGUCUGGAUUUGGCUCCCUCUCCAGUUCGUCAUCCAACACGCCUUCUGCCUCUCCACUGAAGUCUGUCUGGUCCAUCAACUCUGCCUCCCCCAUCAAGAGCAACAUCCCUGGAUCACCUGCCUCUUCUGUAAAGUCAGUUAGCGACACAGCGUCCCCCAUCCGAUCAUAUAGAACCAUCUCUUCUCCUAUUAAAACUGUAGUCCAACAGUCCCAGUACCCUGUUCAGGUCACCCCCAGUCCCCUGGCCUCGCCAGGGAGGAGUGCCCCAGAUCCUGUAUCCAUGAAAGGAUUGGCAGCAUUGUCAGCUAGAAUCUCCCCCAUAACUACCUCUGGAGGAGGAAGCACUGUUCUUGACAGAAUAUCCAUUGGCCUGACCCCACCAACCUCUCCCAAAUCUUCCCUAAAUAUGUUCAGCUCUCCAUUGCCCUACAAGAAUGUAUUGGGAAGCUCUAGUGGCACAGCAUCUUCCUCCUCACCCAUUAAAACUGUUCCCGGUCUCUCCUCUGUUCGCUCCUUUGCCUCAGAGGCCACUGGUAACGCAAGAAACCUUUUCUCUUCUCUUUCAUCACCCCUCAAAUCCAAUAACCCCCCAAGUGCUGCAGGGCUCAUUAAUGGAACUUUGUCACCAACACAGUACCGGUCUUCAUCCCCAACACCUCUUCUCACCAGCAGUCUACAGGAGAGAAUACAAGCAACCACCAAUGCAGCAACUACAAGCGUCAACGCAGCCUUUGAUGAGGUUGAAAAAACAUUAAAUUCUUGUUCUGCAGGGUAUGGCACCCUGAAGUCUAUGUCCUCUUCUGCGUCCUCCUCAUAUCAGUCCAUUAGGUCAUCAGCUUCCGGUUCCCUUUAUACCCCUUUGAGAUCUGCCCCUAAUGCCACCACUGCUGUAACGUCCAGCACAAUGACUGUUCCUGUGUAUUCAGUCAUAAGUGUGCUGCCAGAGUCACAAUUUAAAAAGUUGCCAGAGGUGUCCUCAUCAGCCGCUGCUCUACUUUCCCCAAGGAAAUCUGUGCCGUCUGAGGUGAAUGCUCAGUCGUCUUUUGCAAGAACUCUUUCUCCCAUCAAAGCUCCUCAUUUACCCGCCGGUAUUAAAUCUAAGAAUAUGUCACCCCUCUCAUCUAGCCAAGAGAUUCUGAAGGAUGUUGCUGAAAUGAAAGAGGAUUUGAUAAGAAUGUCCGCCAUUUUACAGACAGAUCCAAAUUCUUCAUCUAGUAAAGGAUUUCGGUCUGAUUCUCCCAAAGAGGGUAAGCUAGAGGACGAGGAACCAUAUCGGAUUGUGGAGAAAGUCAAACAGGAUUUAGUAAAAGUGAGUGAAAUCCUCACUAAAGAUGUCGGGAAGGAUGGUAGAGUUUCCCCAUCAAGGGGUUCAUUAGAUGACAUUCACUUCUCAAAAAUACAAGUUGAACAGCCACCAAGCAACUGGAGCUACCCACCAAGAUAUGAGACAGUAGUUCACCAAACUGGAACAAAAUCCUCACCAGAUUUCAGCCUCUCCAAAGUAGUGGACUACCUUGUCAAUGAAGUAGGAAGCAGCACAUUCUCUAAAGUGCCGGAAGGAAAGCAUAAAACUGAUGAGGACAGAAGAGAAGGGGAGGGAAAAGAGAAGCAUAAAAGAGUCUUAAAGCCCACUAUAGCAGUUCAAGAACAUAAGCUGAAAAUGCCUCCAACAAACAUGCGGUCUUCACCUUCAGACAGAGAAAUCAGCAAAGUAGCAGAUGCACUUUUUGGGUCAGACACUGUUCUGGAGUCCCCUGAUGAUAUCUCACAUGAACAAGAUAAAAGCCCCCUAUCAGACAGUGGGUUUGAGACGAGGAGUGAGAGGACACCUUCUGCUCCUCAAAGCGCAGAAGGUAUGGGCCCUAAGGCACUUUUUCAAGAUAUGCCAGCUCCUCCAGUGAUCACUGAAACUAGGACAGAGGUUGUCCAUGUCAUCAGGAGCUAUGAGCCAGAGGAUAAAACUCAGCCCGCCAUGGAGGACACACAUUCUGUCAAGUAUAUUGAUUCUGGUUCUAAAAGUCAGACUCAAUUUACAUCAGCUGGAGACCAAAAUAAAUGCAGUUCAGUAAAGGUCAGCCCAGAUGAAGAUCCAAAAGGAAUGAGAGUAAAAGAGGAAACUCACAUCACCACCACCACCAGAAUGGUAUACCACAAACCACCUGGAAAGGAGGCAGCAUCAGAGAGAUGUGAAGAAACUAUGUCUGUUCAUGACAUAAUGAAGGCUUUUCAGUCAGGCAAAGACCCCUCCAGGGAGCUAGCUGGACUAUUUGAACACAGGUCUAGCAACGAGGAAAUUUCACAAAGAGUUCUUGAGGAUGUCAACUCCAAACCAAAAGUUGAACGUAUAAUUGAGGUUCAUAUUGAAAAGGGCAAUAAAACAGAACCAACAGAAGUUAUUAUCAGAGAAACUAAAAACCACACUGAAAAAGAAAUGUUUUUCUAUCCAGGGAGUAGGCAAGAUGACGAAGAGCCUGAAGAAUCACCCUCAGUUUUUCUUGACUCCUCCAGAGUAAAUACACCCAUGUCACAGGAGGAAGACAGUCGCCCUAGUUCAGCACAACUCAUAGCAGAUGAUUCCUACAAAACAUUAAAGCUUCUUAGCCAGCAAUCUGUAGAGUUCAACGAGGAUGAAUUAUCAGAACUUAGAGGAGAAUCUUACAAUUUUGCUGAGAAAAUGCUACUUUCUGAGAAACUUGACCGUUCCUAUUCUGACACAGAAGAGUAUUUGAGAGAUCGGUCUCGCUUUCAUUCACCAGACAGAAGCAGUUAUAGUGAAGGUAGGUCGGCUGCACCAAGAACAGAGUAUGUUUUUAGGUCAUCAAGAAAUGCCUAUGACCAGUCUGGUCGCUUGGCCAAUGUUGAUGAUAACUUUGACAAAUUGACACUUCUGCAGUAUUCAUCUGAGCCUGGUAGUCCAAAGCAUUCUGUUUGGAUGCGUGUGUCCGAUGACACUCAAAAUAACGAAGGAGGGCAAAUAAUGUAUGAGGACAGAGUUGACAGGACUGUUAAAGAGGCAGAAGAGAAACUGAGUGAAGUAUCUCAGUUCUUUAGGGAUAAAACAGAACAACUCAAUGACGAACUGUCAUCUCCAGAAAAAAAAUCUCGCAGGCCAGACUUCAGGGAAUCGCGAUCAGGGCCCAGUUCAACACAAAGUAGCCCAGAGAGGUCACCAUAUAGGACUGGAUGUAGUGGGGAAGAAUGGAACAGAGAAAGACUUCGAGACAGGUUUGCCUCAAGUGACAGAAAAUGUGCCAGUUUACCUAGUAGCCCAGAACGUAGAGCAUUGCUACAGUUUUCUGAUGCAGAUUCCCAAAAACAAAGAGCGGAUACAUCACAGAGAAGUGCUGGUGAUAACCCUAAACCUUCUCAAAUGUCAUCAUCCAAAGUCAGUGCAGUGCGACUGAAGUUUGAGCAAGAGGCUCAAAGACAACAGAGGGGUCCUCAGGGUGGCCAAAAUUCCAACCUUCCAGUUAGGAAACUCCAGGAAACUAAACUACCUGUGUAUCAGAUGUUUGGUGGUGGUAGUGUUUCAAAAACUCCAGAUAGUCCAGUAACUCAGAGAAAGGGCAUUGGCAAUGAAUCAAAUACAUUUUCUCCCAAACAUGAAACCAGUGAAAAAGAGAAAAAUCAGGAAGAAAACUUGUACAAAACUAGGGAUGGCCAAAGGUAUGGGCAUCAUAACCCUCAAUCUCCCAAAUUAUCCCAUUCUUCAAUCCAUGAUUCGCCAAAUGAUUCCAAUAGAAGUGAUUUGCAAAGACAGGAAGCAGCUAAGAAAGUAAUCUACACAGAAUAUGUGGUCAGAGAAGGUCCAAAUUGCAACAGUAGUCUAAAAAAAAACUCGGAAUCACAAAUUCCUGUAAAAAAGUCGUCUAAUUUCCCAGAAAAACAGAAAUCCUCUCCGUAUUUAAUGUUAGAUGAAUCUCACGAAAGAUCUGGGUCUCGCACAGCUAUUUCAGCUAGAAAUCAGUCCAAAAGUAGCUCCGAAUCCAAUAAGUCUACUCGAGGUUUAUCAGUCGGAAAAUCUACGCCAGACACAAGCCAGUCUAAUGUGUUGUGUAAUGGUGUGGAUGAUGACCAGGUAGAGUAUUUGGGUCAAGUAACACCUGUGGUCAUAACUGAAGGUUUCAAAGAUAUUAAACCGUUGCCUGUGUAUGUCAGCAUUCAAGUGGGAAAGCAGUAUGAAAAAGAGGAGGCCUCGGGGCAGCUAGGAACAUAUAAAAAGAUAGUAAGCCACGAGAGUAGGACAGUCCAUGAGACUAGGGGUGCAUUUUACACUGUCAAACAAAAGCAGUCUCCAUCUCCUCAAGGAAGUCCAGAAGAUGACACUCUGGAACAAGUGACUUUCAUGGACAGCUCUGGCCGAAGCCCUGUUACUCCUGAGACUCCAAGUUCGGAGGAAAUGAGUCUAACCUCCAGAGCCCCAGACUCUGUGAUAGGUUUCAUGACUGGCAUGCCAAGCCCCAUUCCAGAGGAGUCUGAAGAAGAAGAGGGGAAGACCUUCAUCUACAAGGAGCCCUCUAAAGAAAAAUCCAAGCCAUCUUCUCCGGAAAUUCGAAGUAAAAAUCAAGAUGGAGAGAGAAGGAAGUCAGGAGAAAAAAGAGUUGCUUAUAUAGAGUUUCCACCACCUCCCCCCUUAGAGGCAGAGCAGUCUGACCCUAAGAAAAAGGGCUCCCAGGGUUCCUCAGAAGCAGAGACUGAAAUGAUGGAGGUAAAUCUCCAAGAGGAGCAUGAUAGGCACCUCUUAUCUGAACCAGUCAUUAGGGUGCAGCCACCAUCUCCUAUCCCCCCAGGAGCAGAUAACAGCGACUCUAGUGAUGAUGAAUCAGUCUUUCAUCCCAUUCCUGUCAAGAAAUAUACAUUCAAAAUAAAAGAAGAAGGAGGAGAGAAACGCUCAAAACAUAAAAAAUCUGAGAAAAAUGGAAACAAUGACUCUGGAGUCAAUGGUGUUUUGAAGGGGGAUGAUGCUGACUUGGAACCAAACGGCAAUGAUCAAUCAAUCACUGACUGUUCCAUAGCAACUACAGCAGAAUUCUCCCAUGACACAGAUGCAACUGAAAUAGACUCUUUAGAUGGCUAUGAUCUUCAAGAUGAGGAUGAUGGACUGAGUGAGGACCCAAAAACUUCAAGUCUGUCCAAUGAUGGAAAAAUGACUGACCGCUCAUUCGGUCAGUCUAAGCUAGAAGUGAUAGAGGAGGAGAAAGGUGAAGAUGGUGGGGACAAUGGAAAAAGCAGUAAAUCUUCCAAGAAUAGCGAUGGGGCUGAAAAAGAUUAUACACUUGAAGGAAGACAUCCAGAUAGACAAGGAUUUGCAGAGAACUAUUUUGGCUACCAGCUUGAAGAGGAACUUAAUUCAACCUUUAAAACGGUUGCCACCAAGGGACUGGACUUUGAUCCCUGGUCCACAAAAGGGGUUGACAAUGAGGGGGUUUUUGAGUCAAAAGCAAAAGACGAGGACCCAAAGCCCUUCAGUUUAUCGGUGGAGGAUAAAUCACAGGCAACAACACCCGAUACAACCCCUGCUCGAACUCCAACCGAUGAGAGCACACCAACUAGUGAGCCUAACCCCUUCCCUUUCCACGAAGGAAAGAUGUUUGAGAUGACCCGCAGUGGUGCUAUUGACAUGAGCAAGCGGGACUUUGUUGAAGAGAGGCUUCAGUUUUUCCAGAUUGGUGAGCAUUCCUCUGACCCUAAAACAGGGGAAAAGGGGCGAGGGGGCAAGAUCCUGGGGGUACUUUCCUCUCAAUCAAGAACAGGGGAGAGAUGCACAGUAGAUGGGAAGAUUCAGGUUGUAGAUACUAACUUAGACAGCAGCACUACACCAACAGCAGAAGCUACAGCAAAAUGCAGUCCUAUACAACCUGGUAGUGACUAUGCAGGUACUGAUGUUCCUGCCUGUGAAGCCAUAGCAGAGACUGCUUCUUCUUGCACAAUCACAGCCUCUAAGGUUGAUCCCAAAUUACGCACUCCUAUUAAGAUGGGCAUUGCUGCCUCCAUAACACUGAAAAAAGACUCAGGGGAUGUCACUGAUUGUAAAGCUGAGAUGUCAGGGGGUCAAGUAGUGUCAGAAUACAUUAGCACGGAGGCUCAGUGUACAGAGAAAAAGUCCAGUAGUCAUGCUGAGGCACGGCAAGACAAAAAAGAUUACCCCUUAGAAAACUUUAACAACAACAAUAAUCUUGAGUCCUCCAGCGUUCAGGCCAACUACAUUCAAUGUGGUAGUGUGGUGUUCAAUUUACAGUCCUCAUCCGAGCCCACCCUUCAGAAAGCUAGUCGGAUAGAAACAACAUGCUAUAGGGACUUAGAGGAGAAAGUAGAAGUUCACCACAGCAGACUAGCACAGGAGCAGAAAAACGAAACAGUUAAAGAAAGUGAGGUGAAGCAACCCAAGUCACGGCUUCCAGUUAAAGCAUCAGGGUGGUCAUUUCACACCCAGGGGACAGCUAUUGGCAAACAGAAACCCAAACAAGCAAUAACUGCUCAAGUCAGAAAAAGAGGAGAGCCAGCCAUUGCCAAAGUAGCACCCAGAUCUAGAAUCCCAAUUAAGGAUGUAAAAAAGAAUAGUCCCGCUGCUACAACUUGUUCACCACUUCCAGUUCAGGGUACCUCACAGCCAAUGAGGAAAUUGGAAAAAGAGACAAGAGCUAUUCAGUUACCAACGAGACUUCCAUUUAAGGGCAGCAAUCAAGUUACUAGUGUCACAGUUGAGGGAGCAUGUAGACAGGACAGAAAAGAGAACCCUAGUGAGAUCUGUAAGCGCACCAUUGAAUACUUUAAAGACAUUAGUGGGGAGACGCUAAAGUUGGUGGACCGCCUGUCAGACGAGGAGAAAAAGACGCAGACAGAGCAGUCGGAGGAAGACAGCACCUCCCGGAGCACCUCUCUGUCGGACGCCUCCCAGCCUUCCCAGCCCUCCCAGCCCUCCCAGCCCUCCCGCUCAUCCAGGUCUGGUAGAGGUUCGAGGGCUGAGGCCGGGGCCGCGUCCGUAAGGGCAAAGGUGGCGACGACGGACAGGGCCUCCGGCAGUGAGAGGAACAGGAGGAGUAGGCGGACUGGUGGGAAGGAGGGCAGUCAGGGACUCUCAGGGUCUCGAACGCCUCCCAUCGCGGAGAUCAAGCCUAGUCCCCAAAGUCCUUGUGAGCGGACUGAUUUGCGUAUGGCUAUUGUUGCAGAUCACCUGGGACUCAGCUGGACAGAGCUGGCUCGGGAGAUGAACUUUACUGUGGAUGAGAUCAACCACAUAAGACUUGAGAAUCCUAACUCUCUAACAGCACAGAGCUUCAUGUUACUCAAGAAAUGGGUCGGUCGAGAAGGGAAAAAUGCCACAACGGAUGCCUUAACCACAGUGCUGACCAAAGUCAAUCGGAUGGAUAUUGUUAGUUUACUGGAGGGCCCAAUAUUUGACUAUGGUAACAUUUCAGGCACGAGAUGUUUUGCCGAUGAUAACCCUGUUUUCCGGGAUCAGGCUGAUGAUUAUCAGAGCAUUCUAGCGGAGCUGCAGUCCCCAGCAGCGCUGCUUUCCAGCCCCUCCUUCCUGGAGUCUGAACUCCCCAUCACCCCCAGCCCUUCCUUCUCCCAACAUCUCCAUUACCCAAAGCCAGACUCUCCUUUCCAAGAUGACAAGCUGAAUCAGCCCCCACCCCGGUAUCCGGAGCCCGAAAGCGGAGAGCCGGAAAGUCCCCCUAAGAGUCCCCCCAGACCCUGUGAGCUCGCCCUUUCUGUCCUCGCCUUUGAACUCCCUGAUCCUCUUCCUCCUAAGGUCAGAAAGCCCCACAUCGCUCUGAACGACCAGCUGCUCAUGAGCGAAGAGGAGGACAAAACCUAUCGAGAGUUGGAGCCCACCCACAAGCCCCGGUCGCCUUCCUUCCCAGCGAGAUGUGAAUUAGAUGUCGACAUGGCCUACUCCACGUCGUCCCCAUCGCUGUCGUCGGUGUCGUCCGUGACGCCGUCACCGCCUGACAGAGCAGUGGGAUUCGGAGGAGGGCAGACGGAUGCUCUCAAUGGACUAGAAGAAGAAGAAGUGGGUCUUAAAGGAAGUCAAUUUAGACUACAGGAAGAAUUAGAGAAAGUCGGUGAGAUGGUUGCAGCAGAGUUGACAGAAAGACAUAGGAUAGUGGAAAAGUGGGUAGAGCAGGACUUGAUUCAAAAUGUGGAGAGAAAGUGUGAGAUAAUAACAAAAGACAGGUCUAAGAUGGCAGAGGAAGGUAUUGGUUUGGUUGAACAGAAAAGUGGAUGUGCAGAUGUAGUAGGAGAGCAAAGAGAUGAUGAAAAUAACUGUAAGACUACAGCAGCUCAGGAAGAGGAAGUUCAAGACUCUCACAGCCAAACAAAAGAUAGUUUUAUAGAAAUUGGACAUAAAAUGGAGAAAAGUGAAGUUAAGACUUUCAUAGAAGGUAUUGGUCAAUCACCUGGAGUUGAAAAAGCUGAUGAAGACUGCGGAGAAAGCUUUCAACAGUGGGAUGGGAUGGAUUUCAAUGAAAAAGACGCUCGCGUUGCACAAAAAGGAGAUUUGACGGUCAGGGACCGGACUGUUGCCGAGCUCUCUCCUCGGGCUUGGGUUGAAGCUUUGCAGGACCUUCAGAGGCAGGAGUUAGGAGAAGAAGAGGAGAACAGAUGCAAAGAAUUGACAGACGAAGCGUUUGGAUCAAUGUUUGGGGAAGCAGAAACCCAAGAAGGCUCAGAGGGGAAGGACGAGGACAAGGAGCCGACUGAACUCAGGGAUCCAGGCGGUCAUGAACGGGAAGAAAAGAACGUGUGUUCACUUUCAGGUUGGCACAGUGAUGCAUCCAGCGUCAACGUGGAACCACCAACACCGGGCCGCAGCGUCAGCUCAGACCUGCUCAACAGACGAGAAAGCCAAGAGAACUCGAGUGAGUCCGUCACGUCCUCAUCUAGGGGGGAAUCGGGGAAGUCCCAACAGAACGGAGACAACUUAAAGCUGUCCCGUCAGGACGCCUCAUCUGAAUCAUCAAACGGCAAGAAAGAAGAUGGAGCGCCGGUAUUAGAGAAAAAAACCCAGCGUGUUAGAGUAGAUUCUGGCUCAGAGGAAGAGCAGACCGUAACAACCAAAAUCUUCACACGGCGACUCAUUUUAAAGGGAGAAGAAGCAAAAAAUGUUCCAGGCGAGUCGGUCACAGAGGACCACUACAUGGACCAAGAUGGUAACCUCGUCAGUAGAAAAGUGAUCAGGAAGGUCAUUCGCCGAGUGUCAACUCCCACACCAGGAAGCCAGAGAAGCAGCAGGUGGAACAGUGAAGCUUCGCUCAGUUCCCUUCCUCGAGAAUUUGGGUCAGAGCACGGAGGAGAUUCAAGGAAAAGCAGGCGAAAAGAUGACAGAAGAUCAGGAGAUAAAAAGCAUUCAUAAGGAGGGGUUAAGUCUAUCAGGUUUACAGAAACCAAGUUAGAUGCUUCCUGGGAACAAACGUUCAAAGGGCUGACGAGUUUCCGUGUGUCGACUUGAGACAAAGGUCCAGUCUGCAGCUUUCUACUUCAAAACUCGAACGAGAGGGUCAGACUUUUUUUGGCUUAAGCAUAAAAACCCCUCACCUCCCAGUCAACUAGAAGGACUUGGAGCUUCUCCCUCUCCGACGGUGGUGGACCAGCGAAACAAGCGAAUCUGCUCCGCGUUUUGUCCGAAACGGCACGGUACCGGUGGCGUGAGAACCUUCCGAGGAGCAGCGUGCUGCGACAAAGACUCCACACAGUUUGUACUGUGACCAAAGAUGGCACAAGAGCUCAGUCCACAAAAAGAGUGAGGUCAAUGACAAAAAAAAAAACAAAAAAAAUGACACUUUGGACACAACUUCAACACUCGCCUUAUAGUUUUUCUUGAGCCCAUUUAUUGUCAGGAUUGUAAAUUGUUUUUGGUAUAUUUUUCCUUCCUUUUUAAAACUUAAACUAACACAAAAGCUUUUUUCUGUAUAAAGAAAAUGGGAAUAACUUUAAAAAAAGGGGGGGUAAAUUACCAGGAAGCUGUUCCACUUUCACAGAUUUGACUAUAAACUUCACGACUUCUUAUAUUAUGAAAUCUUAGAGCAGGUAUAAUGUUUGUACUUGAUAAAGCUGGUUUGAUUUUAAACGAGAACAUUUCCAAAAAACGUAAAAAAAAAUAAAAAUUCCAUUAUUUAAUUCUGCAAAAAAAAAAAAAUCAGCCUUUCAGAGUACUCAUAUUUUCGUGCAUGCUCUUCACAUUAUUUUAAGUACAGUUUUUACAACACUAUAUUCAAAGAUCAAUUAAAACCCUUUAUCUGUGUACUCAUAUAGCCCACGUUUGUCAUCCGUUUCAUACUUUGAAUUCAAAGCAGGAGCAUUUAUCACGCUGUGGGUGGAAAAGGUUUGAACAGCUUCUUCAGGUUGUGUUGUCUCGUCUUUGUGUGAAACCGGAGGACAGCUUCUUCUGCAAAAGAGAGGCGAUCUGAAUGUAAAUGCUAGUCGGCUGGCUCGCUGUAAAAUUAUAAAUGUACUGUGUGUAUUGGCUGUAAGGUGUAGGAGUCUCUGUUCACCAUUAGAGUGUCUGUAAUCAUUUUGUGUCAUUUGGGUUUUUUUUUUUUUUUUUUUUUUGGCUGCAGUGGUGAUAAAGGAAAACUGGGGCAUUUCACUUUGGAUUUUUUUGGUGAAGUAUUUCCUUGAUUUUAAAAGCUAUUCACAUUAAGGACACAAAGCUAUUAUUUGAUUGUAGCUCUAAAUAGCAUAAUGUAUGACAAAAACACUGGAUGGUCGAAAACGAUAAUUUAAGCAUCGAAUAAAUUGUGAUUUACUCUGAAACUGUGUGAUCUCUUUAGACUUGAGAGUGUAUAUGCAGUGUCUAAUAGAACUGAAAAGAAACUUUACUUUAGGGAUCUUUGUAUUGAUUUUCAUUAGAUGCCAUGUAGUUCAUGUGUGGUGUUCUACUGAUUUGAUGCUGAUGCCUACGCUGUGGGCAACGGAAACUAUAUAACUUUUUUAAGGGGGUGUUAAGGAAGCCACAUGGGGUGCUAAACGACGCCCUCUUACACAACGACAUCAAUCAGGGGUUAGAUUAUCCUUUAAUAUGGUUGAACGAUCAAUGAAACUGUCGACUUUGUUUGAUAUGUGUUUUCACCUGAGCAGAUUUUUUGAUGUACGAUUCUUACUAACAGAGUGAAGCCAUUGAAAUGUAAUUAUUCUAGCACUUUGGUUAUUCGAUUUUAGAGACUAUAGCAGCAAAGAUGCCAUCACAAAUGUUUGAGACGUCUUUCAAAAAAAAAGGAAAAAAAAAAUAACAAUAAAAAUGCAUUGAUUUUGCA